CAGGUUCUGGGACUGGUAAAGCAUGCACUGUAGCAACUGCGCCCACGGUUUGUACAGGUACCGGCUAUAUAGCUGAAUGUAACGCAACAACUUUACGCUGUAAAUGUAGUGAUCAUUACACUCCUAAGAAUGACAAGUGUGAAGGUAAGUUCAUAUGUAAGAUAUCCUAAUUAUAGUAAUUGUGCCUUACAUAUUGCAUGAAAUGAAAUAUUUGCAUCGUGUCUCUUCAAUUUGUAUGAUAACAGUGGAAUAUUGCAUCCCUAUUUUUACCCACUUUCUUAGGUGAAAUUAAACUGAAAAUCUUUACACUUACCCACUUCUGCCGUCAAUAUACACAUUUAUGAUCUCUAUGUUAUCAGUAAAGCCAUCGUUCACUUGACAAGCCAUCAUGUUUUGAACAUACGUUUCCACAUACGUUUCCUGAUAUUAUAUUACAUCUUCCAAGUAUAAAAGUACAAAAUAAAAUUUAAAAAAUAGCUAUUAAAAAAUGUUUUUAUUUUUAAAUAUUUAAAAAGAUAAAAUAAUGUCCCCCAAUACAUUCGAUUUAUUACAGUGAAAUAAAUGUAAAAAAUGUUAGGCGCCAAAGAGUUAAAAUUUCAAACUAACAAACAGACAAGGCAACGUAGUAACUUUCAUAGGGCAUCAUAGACAUUCAUGAUCGAUCAUGUUGUCCUUUAUAAUAAUUUCGGCACCAGAUAUCUCUAGAGGCAACUGAGGCAUAUACCUACAAUGCAGAUCCCAGUGACAAGGACAAAACAAUUUUUGGGUAGGGUAGUGGAUAUGGAUUUAUUGGAUAUUUAACGUUAAUGAUUAAUGACUCAGUGGUAAUACUAUGGCGCUUCUCUAGCAUCUUCAUAAAAAAAAUUAAAAAUGCGUGGAAAAAAGACAAAGAAAGGGCGUCACAAGAUUUAAGCAUUGUGCUAGUCAGAUUUCUUAAGAUGACAUGAGAGAUAGAUAGAAGAAAAGGGAAAAAAAAUCAAUUAAUUGUAACAGUGAUUAGGUAACCAAAUGAAACAAAAUGCCUUUUUCGGUUCUUUUUCUUUGUGAUAUGGAAAAAAUGAAUUAUACUAACAAGGCACUUGAGGUGGGUGAAAUGGCGUGAAUUGAUUAAAGGCAGCCCAAGGUGAAAUGAGCAGAAGCUGUAAUGUAAAAACAGUAGUGUUAAAAGACGAAAAAUCCCGUUUCAUAGGUCACUGGAUUGGGGGGGGGGGCAUUGUGACUGCCAUGGUGUUUCCGUAGGUAUUAUUACUGCUUUGGCUUUACCUUAAUAUCAUAUUUAAAUAGAUAUCCUUAUAGAUUUCUGUCUGGUACAACAAAGUAUGUAUUUGAAUUGUUCAGUUUUAAGAAAUAAGCCCUUAAAGAUUUUUAAAAUUUAAUGUGUUUUAAAAAUAAAAAAUUAAAUUCAUAAGUGUAUUUUUUUUAAAGUCUUAAGUUUUUUUCUUCUAAGUAGCUGUAGCAACAGCGCCUGGUAAAGAAUGCACAGUAGCAACUGCUUCCACGGUUUGUACAGCUACCGGCUACAUAGCUGAAUGUGACGCAACAACUUUACGCUGUAAAUGUAGUGAUAAUUACUCUCUUAAGAAUGACAAGUGUGAACGUAAGUUCAUAUCAAAUAUUUCCUAA